GUUGGCUGAGAGGGAAAGAGGUGGGGCACAUUGCUAAGCUGAUGCUUUAAACAAACUUUUGUACCGUAAGAACAACUGCUUCCCUCCCUCUCAACCGUGGAACUUGACAAAGGGCUUGUGGGCUCCUAAUUUGAUCACCUGAAGCCAAGGUCCCACCAAACAGCAUCAUGUCUAGCAAACGCGCCAAAGGAAAGACCACCAAGAAGAGGCCCCAGAGGGCCACUUCCAAUGUCUUCGCCAUGUUCGAUCAGUCGCAGAUCCAGGAGUUCAAAGAGGCCUUCAACAUGAUCGACCAGAACCGCGACGGCUUCAUCGACAAGGAGGAUCUGCACGACAUGCUGGCCUCACUGGGUAAGAACCCAUCGGACGAGUACUUGGAGGGAAUGAUGAGUGAGGCUCCUGGCCCCAUCAACUUCACAAUGUUCCUCACCAUGUUUGGAGAACGCCUGAACGGCACAGACCCAGAGGACGUCAUCAGAAAUGCGUUUGCGUGUUUCGACGAGGAAGGAUCUGGUGUCAUCCACGAGGACCACCUGCGGGAGCUGCUGACCACCAUGGGAGACCGCUUCACAGAUGAGGACGUGGACGAGCUCUUCAGGGAAGCACCUAUUGACAAGAAGGGCAACUUCAACUAUGCCGAGUUCACCCGCAUUCUCAAGCACGGAGCCAAAGACAAGGACGAUGAAUAACUUCCCAAUCUGACAGUCCUCCACUACAAUCAUACAGUGCAUCAAUGGGCUGAUGUCUCACCCCUCCAAUUCAUAUAACAUAUUGCACUUGUAAUUGGCAUGACAUUCAUUUUAUAAAUGCAUAGGUGCCUGAUACCAUCAGGUCUAUGCACCACCAUGGCCAUAUCCUUGGAACAUUCCGGGCAUGUUUUUUUUUAAUGUACAAUAAAAAGCAUGAACAUGUGUUAAGAGUUGCAUUUCAUAUAGCAGACAUUUGACAUUGGUUUUGGAGCUCCCAGAGAUGUAAUACUUUGUAAGGAAUGUCAGGAUAGUUGUUUUUAUGCCUGUGUCGGUAUCUCUUACAAGACUGGAGUGGGAAAGGACCUCUGCACCUGUUGAAAUGAAGAGGGUAAAUCACAUGUAGGAUUCAUUAUGGGCAUAAAGCAAAAGCACAUUUUUCCAAAUGACCCAGUGGAGUUGAAGGCAUUUUAGUACUCCCAUACCCUGGUGGAAAUUAUUCUUUAUUUCUCAAUAGUACUAAUCAAGUUGCUUCGAAGCAAUUAAGUUGUAGUUGGCCAUUUAGUUAUAUUAAGUGUUCACCAUAGAAGUGCCUAAGGAAAUACAAAUCCUGAAUCCACCCCUAAAUGUAAUGGCUUCUUGCUUGGCCCAUGCUCCAACCCUCCACCAAGUUAAGAGUAUUCCUCCUUGGUGGAGGUGAAAAAUGGAUUGGAUGACAUUUCUUUCCUAUGUUGUAAUUGUUUCAAUGACCAAUAUCCAGAGCAGCUUCAACAUGAAUACUUAAUUUUGAAAUAAAAAAAAGGAUCGCACGAAA